CAAAUAUUGUUGGUGUAUGUUCUUCUCGUUCAUCUACAUCCUACAAGAGAGUUUCUAAUUGGAAUGAGAGGCUGUGGAAUUUACAAUUUUAAAUGUCAAAGUACAUACAAGCAAUUGAAAGCCGUAUAUAAACGAAUAAUUGCAAGUUAAAUAAAAUUAAUGAACUUAACAAAGAUGUGUGACGACGCUCACAACUUGUUCUUUUACGCUAAUGUAUGUCAUGUGUGUAAAGCAUUUAGCAAAGAAUUGCCACUGAAAAGAUGUGGCAAUUGUAGGAUGAUAGCCUAUUGUGGCGAAGAUCAUCAAAGACAACAUUGGCCGCAACACAAGGAAUUAUGUAACGUCUUACUGCAGAUGUUACAAGAAUCUGGAAUAUCCUGUUUACUUAAGAAAAAUCAAGCUCAAAAUGCAAAGGAAUGGUCACAGAUCAAGACAAAUCUCAUGUUACUAGUGAGCAUUAAAAUCAAUCGUCGGCUGUUACCAUAUGAAGAACAAAUGUUUAAAUUUCCUAGAUCAUGCGUUAUCUGUCAUGAAAGCGAAUCAAAAAUCCUAAAAGAUUGUCAAGAUUGUCCCAGUGGAAGUUACUGUGCAGCGCAUAGAUACAACACUGUGCAUUCGAAGCAAUGUACUUCUUUGAAAUUAUGCUUCGAUUUAGAUAUUGCUACAGCAUUGUUCACACGAGAAACUCCAAGACACGUAGUGCCAUUUCAUACCGAAGUAGCAUAUCUUCCUAAUACUAUGAAAGACUUCAUAGAUUUAUAUGUUAAUGAGAAUAAGUCUCUGCCAAUGUCUCCUGAAUGUCGAACAGCUUAUAUCUCGGAGUACCUUACACGACCAUUAAGUCUAUUAUAUGCAAUGGAAAGAUUGGAAUUUUCAGCUAAAGCAGAAAUUACUAUACACGUUAUUGGUGCAAAUAUGAUAGAAGUUGACGGACUGGAAGUUUGGGAAAUCUUGUUACAUUGGUUGCCGUCAUUGAUGGUAUUAACAAUUGUACUUAUUGGUCCAGAGCUUAUAUGGGAUAGUGUGACACCUAACGUAUGCGAUUGUUGUGCAGUGGAAGACAUGAAAAUUCACGUUGAAAGUUGCAACAUGCUUUAUGAAGACUAUGUUUCCAGUCAGUGGUUUGAAAAACCUGACUUUAUUAUUGGUUAUAACACAGGCAUACACGAAUGUGAAGAUUUCACUUCGUCAAAGGAUACUUGGGUGGCUUCUUUAAGAUUACUAGCUGAACAAAAUUGUCCUGUUGUAUUAACAUCAUACACAUUAGAUGAAUCACAUAAAGAACAUGAAAGAUUACAAGCCGUUUUAGGAGAAAGUAUAGUGCAUACAUUGUGCCAGUUUAAUCCUUUUAGUAGUUUAAGACCUUACAGAGACUAUGAAACAGAAGGCGUGUAUUAUCAAAAUCAGUUUAUUACAAUUUACAAAAAACUAAAAGAAUCGUAAAAAUGUCUCAAAGCUAACAAACGAUUAGAAUGAAAUUGUGCAUUAUAUGUAAUCAAACAAGGCAUUUGCCUUUCUUUCUAAUAAUAUUGAUUGUAAAUUUUUUACAAUAGAUUUUCUGGAUAAAAUUCCUACUUGCUCAUUCAAUAUAAAUAACAUUUUUACUACUAGUUUAUAGGAGCCAUUCGUAAGCUACACUACAUGCAACAAAUAGUACUUUGAAUUACAUAUUCAAUUUUUUUAAAAUAUUUUACAUAUAACGUCAGAAUCUCUAUCAAUGUUUAUACUCUACUAAUCAGUAUUGUAAGUUAAACACUACAUGUUAGUGCUAUGAUGAAAUGUACACAUAAGAGUGUAUUCAUUUCAUUAUGACUUUGCCAAAAUUAAAGAUAUAAAACAAUUUACGGUAUACAGUUUAAUAGGUGUUCGAUGUAGAAGAGUAAAAAGAAGAAUGGGUGGUAUGUUUUUCUCUUGUUGUAUACCUUCAAAUUAUCAUCAAAUUCCAAAAUUAUAGAAGAUGUAACCGUUUCAGUAUUAUAAAUGUAACGCCAAGGUAAAUUUAUACAAUAUAGCAAUUUACAAUUCCUAUACAUUGCUGUGUUAUAACUUUAGACACAAUCAGUAUGCAGACUAAUAGUGCCUUGUAAAUGCAAAAAUGCAUACCAUUUUAAUUAUCAACGGAAGUACAAUUAAGCCAAUAUCAACAUAUACAUUUUUUGUAAUACUAAUUCAGAUUUGUGCAAAUACUCAAGCGUAUAUCAGGUUAAUAUUUAUUGUGAGUAGAAUAUCACUCUAUUUGGAAAAAAUUAAAUUAUGGAUUUAUCUGUAAGUUAGAUAAGAAAGUUAUUCUCUGUUGUUACUUAAAGUAUUGUGUAUAUAAUGCUAAUUACAUUAUAUUUUAAUCUAGAUUGAUAAGUUACGUACACAAAGCUGACCAGCUUUCAAUCAUAUCAAGUUACAUAAAACUGUACACAAUGUGUACAUGUUUUAUACUUCUGUCUACCAAUGUUAAUACAAUUUUGCUAUAAAGAUAUGCAUUUCUAAGUACAACAAACAUUUUGAAAAAUAUUCAAAAUUUUGAGAUCACUUUAUUAUAAGAAUAAAACAGUAUUUCUCAUGGAUGCCAAUCCUAUUUGCAACAAUAUGCUGUGAUAGAUAAUGUCACUUCUGAUAUCAUUAAGGAUAUAAGUUAUGAUAAAUGUUAUAUUAUUAUACCAUUUAAAAAUGUGUUUGAAUAUUAAGCACUUAGUUUUAAAUAUUACUUAAAUAGUUACAUUAUUUCGAUUAUUAAAAUGCAUAAUCCGAAAGUUACUUAGAAGUAUUGUUAAAUGUCGAUGACAAACUUUUUACACAUUGUUCAGCAAACUGAUUUUUUUAACGAUAUAAGCUUUUAAUUUCACUCCCAAAGAUAAUAUUAACAAUUACUAUAAAUGUUUGUUUUGUAUAUGUGGAUAAUAAAUUAAUUAAUUAUUGUAA